AUGAAAAAUGUGUUUCGAUUUUGUGUGUGCAUAAUUAUUUUCACGAACUUGUUAAGCUCACAAUGUAGGAAAAUAAGCAAAGAAACAAUAAAAAAUAAUUACAACCAAGGUGCAAUAUUAUCGAAUGGAAAUUAUUACCAUGAGAAAAGGACACGUGUGUAUUAUAAGGGAAAGAAGACAAACAAUAGAAAUUUGUUUUUUCUUAAAAAUAAAUUAAAAAAAAUUUGGAACGAUAUUACCACAUCGAACAACAAUUAUUCUUCGAAAAAAAAUAAUGAGAAGGAAAACAAAUUCAAUUUUAAAAAUGCCUUGCAAAAAUUCACAUCGAAAGAUAAUAACGAAAUUAUAAACAAUGUAGUGAUAAAUAACAGUACCGUCAUUACCCCAAGUGUCCUUUCCAGUUUGCUGAAACGUGCAAAUAUUCACACUGUUCGAUAUAAAGAUGUUAACACUAUUGUAAAAAUUAUUGAUGACUUUUAUGCCUCUUCCAAUUAUCUCUUUUCUCAUGUCCUUAAGUAUGAAAUCUCUAAAGAUGGCAACAAAAAGAUUUUGCUCAUUUAUGUGAAGGAAUUAAUUCUUCAAAAGGGGUCUAUUAAUAUUAGUCUCUACCGAAUUAGUACCAAGACUGCGAGAGUUCCAUCUGUUCCUUCUACCCCAGAUCUAACGAAACAUGCACAGCAAGGUGUGCCAAAAGAGGGGGAACAAAACAUAGCACAAAAUGAAGCACGGUCCACAUCAUUGCCAGAAGAACCCACAUCAUUGCCAGAAGAACCCACAUCAUUGCCAGCAGAACCCACAUCAUUGUCAGAAACACCCACAUCAUUGCCAGAAGCACCCACAUCAUUGUCAGAAACACCCACGUCACUGUCAGCACAACCCAGCGGCGACAAAGGAAAUGUGGAGGAGGGGGAAAACGAAAUUCUGUUCGAACGUAAAAGCACAGUAAACAGUGGUGACCAUAUUAAAGACAUGUCAAAGUACGAGGUGCAAAAGGAGGGAUAUGUAAUAACCAAGUUGAAAAGAUUUUUCGAAAAGAAAAUGAACAUAAAGGAAAAGAGUAUAUUCGUAUGGGAUGAAAAAAUGUUUGAGGUCCUUGUAAAAUCCAGUGUAUUUAAUUUUGUGCAUGUAAAGUUACGUUAUGAUAAGAUGAAAAACAAACAUAUAUUAGAUAUAAACCUGAUGGAAAAUAAAAAGGUGACAUUUAUCCCAAGUAUAUCAAAAAGUUUUAACUCUUUUUUAGAAUUUUGCAUAAAUAUAACUUUUGCUUACCUGCACAGUAUUAAUUAUUCUGACAAGUUCAGGCUGAAAUUUUUUCAAAAUUUGAAUUAUAAAAAUGAUAAACAUGAUUACAAUUUGAUUUUUCUAAACGACAUUGUGGAGCUGGAGAAACUGAAGAAUAAUUUCCCAAGUUAUUCCAUUUACGGAAUUAACAUAAGUAAUGUGCACAAGAAUGAAUUAAACAAUUCGACCUUAAAUGAGUGUAUAAAUGUUAUGAAGAGGCAAGGUAAUGAAAGUGUUAUCACAAGGGAAAAGAGAGAGCAGGAAGAAGAAGAAGGAGAAAAAAAAGCACAAGAAAAUUCUUACAAAUCAGGACGUCAGUCUUUUAUUCCUUUGUCUUCAUCUGGAGAUUCUACACAGCAGAAAAAUAUCUACAGUUACUUGUGCAAAAAUAAAAUUUUCCUUUUUUUUAUUAAAAGAAUCCACAAUACCAUCUUUGAAUUAAAAAUAAAACUUAAAAAGAACAUGUUUCACAACUUUUUGUAUUUUUUAAAAAUUUACAAUGGUAAGGAGGAGAUACUUACACCACCCUCGACUUCUGAGACAGGAAGCAUGAGCAGUAUGAGAAAGAGGAUAGGAAAAUUACUACCACUUCAAUUUUUUUCAUUUUUUAAAAGUAAAAACGAUAGAGUGUUGUUUAACAGUCUUUACAACAUUUAUGGAUCCAAAUUAAAAAUAUCCAGCUGUUUAAAUGCAUGUUCCUCCAAUUUAUUUGAAAAAUCGAAUUUUAUGAAAAGUUUUUUUAACAUAAAAAAUAAAAUGGAUUUGGUUUUUUAUUUCAAUAUGGAUAGAAAAUUUGUCUCUACACACGAGGAUGGGCAUGCAAGUGAGAAAUCUCCAAAUCUGCACUCUGACUUAACGUCUUUUUUUAAAAAUGCAAAUAACUGGAAAACCGGUUUCAUGUUGGGUAAAAUAAAUAACAUGUACCUAAAUUAUUCCUUUUACUUUCACAAGAAUUAUAAAGUUAAAGUAUUCAAUUUUUUCGUCAAGGCAAAAAAUAUAUUCAUUAAGAGAAAGGGAAGAAAUCCAACGAUGAAGGGAGAACUAAUACCUACUGAAGACAAACAUGUCGUUCUUGUCCCAUUGUACAUGUGCAAAUUAAUUUUGAACGAUGUUUACCUAUUGUUAAAUAUAAAAUUUUUUUUUAAAAAAAAUCUGUGGAAUUAUAAACAAUGGUUGUCGUCUUCUCAUCAGGAACAAGGUAAAAAUGAAAAGAACAAAUGGUUCUAUUAUAACCUAGUUAAGGAGAUGUUCAAUAUGAAAACAAAAAAAAAUCUAUACAGGACAGAUCCUAAUUUUGACGAAGAUAUUAAGCAUGUGAAGGUACCAUGCAUGGAGGGGGGUUCAUCUUCAAUGAGUACUCCAACCGUUAGUACAUACCAAGUGAACAGCGUUAAUUUGAAUGACGCACAGAAGGAAUAUCUUGACAAAAUGAACCUUAUGAUGAACUACAAGUUAAUAUUCCCUGUAUUAUUCAACAAUUAUUUUUUAAACUUGCUGAACUUGAAGUUUUAUCUUUUUCUUAAUUGCAAUUUGUUUGGUGUAGGGGAUGGUAGUACACAUAUCAGUAUUUCAUCCCCUAAAUCUGUCAAAACUUCAACCUCAUUAGUUCAGACAAAUAAAAAUAUGGACAUGUAUAAUUAUCUCAAAUUAAACUUUUUGAAAAGUAAAAAGAAGAUUUACAAUUCUGCAUACGGUUUUGGUGUUCUUCUAUCCAACAUUAAUAUGUUUUUAAAUUUCAAAAUUGGCGCAAGAGGAAUUUUUCCCUCCUUCGUCUUUCAGCUUAAUCAGGAAGAUUCCAAGUUUAAAUACUUAUCGUGA